AUGGGAGGCUUCCGAAUGGCCACAAGGCCUCUGUCCGGAUCAUGGCUACCUCGGUAUCACUGCACCCGUGACACGGUCAGAACCCUCUCGGCCUGUCCACGGCGCGGUGCAGUUGAUGGUCGACCGCGUCCAUCCAGCCGGGAGGAUGCACUGCCGAGUUGGUCCCGGGAAGGUGCAUUAUCACCUCGACACCAAACGACGGGCCAAAACUGGUCUGGCCACAGAAAUACCAAGAGAUACGUGACCAGCCAGGCACCUGGUGAAAAUUACGUUAGUAUUCCAAACACCGGUCCCGGUGCCUGGCAUCCAGUACUUCUUCGCGACGCAUGCCCUUGCCCCCAGUGCAUAGACACCUCAACGACACAGAAAAAUUUCAAUACCACCCACAUCCCAGAGACCAUCAGAGCAAAGUCCGUUGAGCCACAAGACGAUGGAGACGUGAAGGUCACAUGGGAGAACGAUAUCCCGGGUUAUGGCCCAGAUCAUGUCUCAAUUUAUCCAGCUCAGUUGCUGAGACGAAUGGAGAAAAUGAGGCUCAGGUACCGCGACCGAUCGGAGCUCGCGGGACUGCGGUUAUGGGACAGGAAACGGAUCCGCGAAGAGCUCCAGUACAUUGAUUAUGAAGAAUAUAUGAAGAGCGAUAGAAUGCUUUUCAAUGCAAUCUCUUUGCUGCAAUGCUAUGGAAUUUUGCUUCUUCGUCGGGUUCCAAAAUCAGAGGAGUCAGUGGAAGCAAUUGCUGGCCGCAUUGGCAAAAUUCGAGAUACCUUCUACGGGCGAACAUGGGAUGUCAAAUCCGUCCCCAAAGCCAAGAAUGUCGCAUAUACCCACCAGUUUCUAGGCCUUCACAUGGAUCUCCUGUACAUGCAAAAUCCGCCUGGGCUCCAGCUCCUACAUUGCCUCGAGAAUACCUGCCAGGGUGGUCAAUCCAUUUUCAGUGAUUCAUUCUACGCUGUUCGCCAACUCGAGCAUGAUGACUUGGAAACUCUUAGAAAACGCAGACUGGCGUAUCACUAUCGUAACGGAGACCAGCAUUAUUAUCAUGAGCGGCCCGUACUCGAGAUGAGCCCAUUUUUCUACGAGAGGGACGGGGCCCUCCACCGCAGUCCCAUGUUCAUCAACUACUCGCCACCUUUCCAAGCAAACAUCCCCUUGGAUAAAGCACACCAAGAUAGGUUUCCCGACUUGGUGACAGCACUCCGCAAUUUUGCGAGCGAGGUCGAGUCACCCAUGAACAUGUACGAGUACAGCCUACAAGAAGGCGAAUGCGUGAUCUUCAAUAACCGGCGAGUGCUGCACGGUCGGAGGGAAUUCGACACUGGGCAGGGGCAUCGGUGGCUGAAGGGCACGUAUGUGGACACAGAUGUGUUCAAGAGUAGAUACAGGGUCUUGCAAAAACAGAUCAAGUACAAGAAUCCUCAGAGUGCCGGGGAGCUCCAGGAGCUUCACAAAGCCAGGGUGGAGAAAGCAAAAUCCGAAGGGCCUUUUGGUGUUCCUGAUAUCAGGCUCGAAAGCUUGCCAAAGCACUUUGUGCACAAGGAAGAUCGCCGCAAGGCGAUAGCGAGUGUACAUAUUUCUCGAGCCCGAGAAUUUGAGGCCGAGAUGUUUGGCACGGUGGUGAACCGCAAGGCCGUUCAAGAGGAUGACGGGGAAGAGGCUUUGGAGGAAUCUGCACACUAG